AUGACUACUGUUGAACCCGAUCAAGAGCUGUCGGUUGAUCAGGAAUAUGAUCUGUGGAAAUCCAAUGUUUCUCUGAUGUAUGAUUUUGUCAGUGAGACCAAACUUUUAUGGCCAUCACUUACGAUACAAUGGCUACCUGACGAAGAGGCCAAUGUUUUGCAUCAAAAGCUGAUUGUGGGAACCCAUACGUCGGGAGAAGAACAGAACUACUUGAAAAUAGCAAGCGUAGAUUUGCCGGAGGAAAUCCUCCGAGAUGGGUCUUCGAACGACAGGAAAUUAGAAGAUAACGCUCAAGGCGAUGGUGAUGGCGAAAGUAACGGCCAAAAUGCUUCACACUCAGUACAAUCAAAGAUCAAAAUUACUCAGAAAUUCGAGCAUAAAGAAGAGAUCACUAGAGCUCGAUAUGCGCCUUUUGACAGUAAUCUGAUAGCUACCAUCAACGGUGCAGGGACCGUUUUUCUGUACGAUAGAUCGCAGGAUAAAGAUAGUGCAUUGAGAGGUGAGUUUGUUUUCCAUAAGGAGAACGGGUAUGGUCUCAGUUUCAGUGUUGCAUCGCCAGGCGAUUUACUCUCAUGCUCAGAUGACGGAACAGUGGCCCUUUGGGACGUACGUUCUGCAAAACGCACGCCUACGAAAGUCGACGAAAACCACUCUGAUAUUGUGAAUGAAGUGAAAUGGCAUGAAACAAAUCCAGAUUUGUUCGGAUCUGUAUCUGAGGACAAAACACUCCUGCUUCACGAUAAACGUUCGGAUACGCCUAUUGCAACCUUGAAGCAAAGCGAAGCAUUUAACACUUUGGCCUUUAGCAAGCAUUCCGUUAAUCUUUUUGCAGCUGCCGGAACGGACUCUUUGGUCUAUCUCUAUGAUCUGCGAAAGCCGUCAACACCACUCCACAGCAUUUCUGGCCAUCAAGAUGCAGUGACCAGCUUGGAUUUUGCUUCUCAUAAGGACGGUAUUUUAUGCUCAGCGGGCUCUGAUCGCAGAGUACUCAUGUGGGAUUUGUUUCAAAUCGGUGCUGAGCAGCCUCAAGAAGAUGCUGCUGAUGGUGUUCCCGAACUACUGAUGAUGCAUGCGGGUCACAGAAGUGCUAUUAAUGACUCUUCGUGCAACGCCAAAAUUCCUUGGCUCAUGGCUAGCGUUGAGGAAGAGAAUACUAUACAGAUCUGGAAACCAUCCAGCAAUCUUACAGAUCCAUAUGUUCCGAAAGAUUACGACAUUCAUAGUCUUGAGUAA